AUGGAAAGUAGAGGCAGCGAGGCUUCUUCUUCUCGUCCGGCAGAUUAUUGUGGGGUGGAAAGGGAAGGAGGCGAUCUCCAAGGAACCUUCCUGGUUCGUGCAUCUUGUAGCCGACCGAAGUCAAGCAAGUACGAUAACCUCCGAAGCUUGGUUGGACCGAAGAAAAGGAAAGAGACGAAGCAGCGAAUCUGUUCUUCUUCUACUCCAGCCAUGAGGUACGAAGGGGAGGAGAUUAGCGACUUCGGGUUAGUGUUUUGUUCAUUGAGUUCGACUGGGAGAAAGGAAAACGAAAAAGAGCUCGAUCAAACUAAGGGAAGAAUGGACGAAAUGCAACAAUAUGGGUGUAUCGAUAGUGGAUGCCCACUGCAAACAGGGAGUAGGAAGGAGGUGGUUUGGUGGGAGGAACUGACGGCUGUAGCAGCUCACAUGGGGCGUUUGGUUACUCGAUCGUUAACAGGGGAAGAGAUCUUCGAUGGGUGCAAGGAAAACAGCAAUGGGGUGACUUUGGUUAUUCUAUAUCCAACUGGAUUUGAAAACUGAAAACGGAGA